AUGGCACAUCAAAUUUUUAAUGAUGUGGCAAUAUUUGAUUUAAAUGACAUGAUCUGGCUAACAGUCUUGCCCAAUUCAACAUACUAUCAGCCUAACAUUCUUCAACAUCAGCAUGCGGUGUUUGGUUGGAAAUGUAUUCGGGACAGAAUAGCUACAAGGGAACAAUUGAAUAAAAGGGGUGUGUUGUCUAAUAGUAUUCCAAACGAGUGCGCUCUUUGUAAUGGAGGUGGGGAAUCGGUGUUGCAUCUUCUAGUUCUCUGUCCAUUUGCAAGUGCUGUCUGGCAGCAGGUAUGUGCAUGGGCUGAUAUUGCUUUCUAUCAAGCAGUCUCCCUUGUUGAACAUAUGAUGCUGUUCUACGCUUCGGUUGAAAGGAGAGUCCCGGCGAAGAAGAGGUUAUUGCUGUGGCUGGCAGUUAUUUGGGCAAUUUGGUGUAGACGUAAUGCAGUUAUAUUCAAAAAUGAGGAGGCAGUGGUUGCAGAGGUUUUCGAGCAAAUUCGGUUAUCUUCUUGGCAUUGGCAGAUAAUAGGAGAAAGCAAAGGGUCCAACUAA